AUGGCACCCACAAAGACAUUAGAUUUGAGUCGUGUGCAACUUGUUGCUUCUGAUUUGGAUGGUACAUUGAUCGUUGGUGGUUUUAAUGCUGGCAAAAUAUCACCACGGACGGUAUCAGCACUGCAUGCAAUCGAAAACAAGGGGUUGCGUAUCAUCUUUGCAUCAGGUCGACCUACACGAACCAUGAUCCAUGCUGUUGAUCAAGCGGAGGGCCUUUCACAUCUUCUUUGUAUUUGUUGCAACGGUGCUCAGAUCUUGGAUAGCCAUACAAGAACCAUCAUUAAAAAGUUCUCCAUUCCACCCGAUCAUGUGCGUGCUAUUAUCAAACAAGUCAAGACGGUGUUAGGACCUCAUGUGCUCAUGGCAGCUGAGAGCGAUGUGCAUUACAAGAGCGAGAGUGGAUUCGAUGAGCAAUGCGGCAAGUUUAUGCAAGGCAAACCCGUUUUGGUGGACGACGACCCUAUUGAAGGCUUCUUGAAGAAACCUGGUAGUGAAGAAGAAGACACCGUGGAGAACUUGUUGUUGACGCACCGCACGUGGCCUGCUAGCCAGUUGUACGAGUUCCUUCAGACACAAGUCUUUGCUGAUCCAAAAUGGAAAUCCAUGAUCCACUUGACCUUUUCAAGCUCACACUUUGUCGAAAUUUGUGCUGCCGGUGUUUCCAAGGCAUCCGCAUUGGCCUACCUUUGUAGCAAAUUGGAUGUGGAUCCCAACAACCUUAUUGCAUUUGGUGACAUGCCUAAUGAUAUUGAAAUGCUAAAGUUUGCAGGGAUCGCUGUUGCCAUGGGGAACGCACAUGAAAAUGUGAAGGCUAUUGCAGAUCUCACCACGGAAACAAAUGAGGAGGAUGGCGUGGCUGUUGUUUUGGAAAAGAUCGUUCAGUUAUAG